AUGCGUGCUGCUCUCAUCACCGCUCUGGCGUCCGGCGCCAUCGCCGCCCGCCCGUUCCUCAACGAGCCUGAUACCGGCAUCGAGGCUGUCCUGCCCGACCUGAAGGCCGGUGCUCUGCCCGAGCUGAAGGACAUGAUCGGUCUCCCCGACUUCGAAUUUGCUGCCCGCAACUACCUCCCCCUCCAGAACUACACCUACUACCGCAACGGUGCCGCUGGCGAGUGGUCCUACCGCAACAACCUGGAGGUUUACAACCGCUACCGCCUCCGCCCCCGUGUCAUGGUUGACAUCACCAACAUUGAGCAGACCCUCAACACCACCAUCCUGGGCCACAACUUCUCUGCUCCCAUCUUCAUCAGCCCUUGCGCCCGCGCUGGCUAUGGUCACCCUGAUGCCGAGCUUAACUUGAUGAAGGCUGCCGCCGCUGAGAACAUUCUCUACAUGCCCGCCCUUUACGCCUCCAAGACCAUUGAGGAGAUCUCCGCCGUCAAGGCCGAGGGCCAGGUUGCUUUCCAGCAGGUCUACUUGACCGCUAACAACACUGAGACUGAGGCUCUCUUCAAGCGUAUUGAGGAGUCUGGUGCCCAGGGUGUUGUUUACACCGUUGACUCCGCUGCCGACGGCAACCGUCACCGCGCUGCUCGCUUCGGUGUCGGCUCCGCUGACUCCGACUACUCCCUCAUCACCUGGGACGAGUACCACCGCCUCGCCAACAUGACCAAGCUUCCCUUGAUCGUCAAGGGCAUCAUGAGCGUCGAGGACGCCGAGGCCGCCGUUGAGAACAAGGUCCCCGCCAUCAUCCUUUCCAACCACGGUGGUCGCCAGCUUGACGGCUCCCCCUCUUCCCUUGAGGUCGCCCUCGAGAUCUACGAGAAGGACCCCGAGAUCUUCCAGAAGAUUGAGGUCUACGCCGACGGUGGUGUCCGCUACGGCGCUGACGCCCUCAAGCUUCUCGCUCUCGGUGUCAAGGCUGUCGGUCUCGGCCGCCCCUUCAUGUUCGCCAACGUUUUCGGCGAGGAGGGUGUCACCAAGGCUAUCAAGAUCAUCAAGCACGAGCUCGCCAUUGACGCCGGUAACCUCGGUGUUCCCGAUCUCAAGAAGAUCGACGCCAGCUACGUCAAGUGGACCCCCAACAACUGGUACUCUUAA